CGCCCCUCCUCCUCCUCCAGCCUGCUCUCGACAAAAUAACAACACCGGAUAUCGAUUGCUCGGCACCCCUGCCCGCUGCAACCCUCUGCACCAUGCCUGCUGGUGCAAAAUGUUGUAGCGCCAAGAGUUCCUCCCCGAUCAGCAAUGGUGGUGAAAAAAUUAGCGAUUAAACUCAUCUUCACCGCCGGCGCUUUGAUGCUGCUCGGCCAACUUUUGAUUUUGCACUACAUGAAGGCACCGACGCCGUUCCGAAUCGAGCCCAUCUCGCAAUUCGUCAAUGUCACCACCUCCAUUCCCCUGCCCAUAAUCCUGCUGGACAGGAAGGUCCUGUCCGAACUGUCCGACAUCUGCCCCUUCUGCAACUUGGACCAUCCGCUCGCCUUUGGCUCUCUUUACAAACACAUUCAAGAAGUCCAAAGCCUCCAGUCUGUCCUGGACGCUGCCGGCUUCAAAUCAACCGUCCUGCUGAACACUCUGCCCGUCGAACCGGCGGCGCCGAAAAUCGUCCGGGACAUGCCGACGGGCUUUCUCAUCUCCAAGGAUGGCAUGACCAUGCAGCUGGUGCUUCUGCACGAGAGGGCGGACAGCUACUGGUGGUACGGCGCGGCCCAAAGUGAUUUCGGGAUUAAGCAGAAGCUCGCGGACUUUCGAAUUCAGAGCGACGCCCAGGCGCUGGAAAUCAUGACCAGUGAAGGCGCCCUCGAAAGAUUCAAAGGCGUGUCCGUGGACGUGCAAGGGUUGACCCUGAUGGUGCCUGCGAGCAUCGACAACUACCUGCAGCAGCGGUCGACGGACCAGUUCGUCGAGUGCAGCCACAGCAGGGCGGCUGCGUUUUUUGACGAGUUCGGCGAGGACGACAGUCCGGACGCUUUAAAGUUUAAGCAUAAGGCUUGGAAGAUUUUGACCACUGCCAAGCAGGUCCUUGACCAGCUCAAUAUUCCUUUUUGGCUCUCUAGUGGUACUUGCUUAGGUUACUACCGCCAGUGUGAUCUUAUAACUUACAGCAAAGACGUUGACUUAGGGAUAAUGGCCUCAGAUUACUCCAUCAAUUUGAUGCCGGAGUUUUUGAAACGAGGUUUCAAACUCAAGCACAUUUUUGGAAGGGCGAACGACUCGUUUGAGAUUUCCUUCAUGUACGACGAUCUCAAACUGGACCUAUUUUUCUUCUACCAAGAAGGAGACACAAUUUGGAACGGCGGCACUCAGGCCAAGUCUGGAUUGAAAUUCAAGUACAUUUUCCCGUACUUCACGCUGUGCUGGACCGAGUUUUUACAACUCAAAGUCAGAGUGCCCUGCGAAACUUUGUCCUACAUUUUGGCCAAUUAUGGGUCAGGAUGGUCAACGCCCCAGAGAGCAUGGGAUUGGAAAAGUAGCCCAUCGAACGUGCAUCCAAACGGAAAAUGGGAGAAGAAGGACUGGCCUGAAGUGAUUCAGGUUUUUUACUGAUUCGAAAGUUACCGAGAAAAUAAUGUUGGCUGCUUUUUGAUAAUUCAACUUUAUUGCUACCAUUAUUUUGAUAAUGGCGAAACUGCUGACUGCGCAGUUAGUUGCAAGGUUGUGCCCGGCAAUAUCUGCUUUUUAACGCUAUUUUGUGCCAUCGAAUAAUAAUUAUGCUUGAGGCAAUCAGACAUCCAAUAAUCAAAAGUCUGCACUUGUAACGAUUUAAAAAAAAAAAUUACGUCACAUUCAGUGACAAAGUGAUUAA